GACUCCUCAAAAUACUGAAUAAACGUAUAGCGUGGCAUCACAUCACAUCACAUCACAUCACAUCACAGUCACUCAACUCCGAAAGACACUUCUCAAAUUGAGAGAAACCGCCACGUGGCUUGUGGAAAUACCUAGUAUAGUCUAGAAAGAUCCCUAUGAGUCGGUGUAAAUGUGGGCCUUUACCUUGACGAACGCAGAAUGGUGUUUUUGAUUUUUUAUAACAAAAAGAAAAGAUGAGAUUGACACGAUAAUAUAACCCGCCCUAUACCGUCACUCUUAACCCCAAAACCAAAUCAUAAUCAAACAAUUUUUCUCUCUAAUCCUAUUCGUCACCGUUGUUUCACUCUAUUCUGUGUACCUUAUUGGUCUUUCAUUAUAAAUAAAAUAUAAUUCUAAACUCUCUACAAUCAGAGACAAAGCAAAUGACUACUAAAGAGAUGGAUGCGAAGGUUGAAAAUCAGAACAGAGAACUAAAGCGUUUAGGGUUUGUGAAGAUUGCUGCUAUUCAUACUUUCGUGUUUGUUUCAUAUCUGUAUGAAUCUGCUAAGAAGAACUCAGGGUCUUUGAGAUCCGCUGUUGAAACUGUGGAGGGAUCUGUAACAACUGUUAUUGGUCCUGUCUACAACAAAUUCAAGGGUGUCCCUGAUGAGGUCCUGGUUUUUGUUGACAACAAGGUUGAUGAAGCUACUCACAAGUUCAAUGAGCAUGCUCCUCAUAUUGCUAAGCAGCUGGCGGAUCAAUCCAAAAGUUUGAUUCAGAAAGUAUCAUAUGAGGCAGGGAAAGUUGUGAGUGUCGGUCGAUCUGCAGGACCAAGAGCAGCUGUAGAUUAUGUUGCUACAGAGUCCAAGAAUUUGCUGCUAAUCAAUUCAGUGAAGCUCUGGACUGUACUCAACCAAUUUCAACCAUUCCAUGCUGUGGCAGAGAUGGCAAUUCCCACUGCUGCUCACUGGUCUGAGAAAUACAACCAUACAAUCAAGGCCAUGGCUGAAAAGGGUUAUAGUUUUGUUGGUUAUUUACCUUUGAUUCCUAUUAAUGAUAUAUCUAAGGCAUUUAAGCGGGGAGAAGUUAAGGAAAAGAAAUCAGCAUAAUCUUAUUUUGAUUGGGUUAUACACGUUUACAAAAUUUGCUUCUGAGUGACUUUGUUUUAUGAGUUCAGACAAUUUGGAACUAGUUGUGGCUAUCAAUGUUUGAAGUUAAUUAGUAAGAUCUUGUAAUUAAUCCAAGUAUGUAGAAAAUAGUGAUAAUGAUCAUGUAAAUUUGCGAUCAAUGGUUCUUAAGUUUGCUUAGUGUUAUUUAUGACAAGUAUUGGCUAUGAAAGUCUUUUUUUAGUAGUAAAA